CCUGUAAAAUGUUUGAUUUCUGUUAUCAACGGUUAUUCGAUUCCAUUGCGAUUCACGUUUUCCGAUCUCCCCUCCGUUCUCGACUGUCAUCGGCUCAUCGCCACCGUUUCGCCGUCAACCACCGCCCUAUCACCACCGUAUUAAUAGCUUGUUUCUCACUUCAACCGCUGCACUCGUCACCACUCAAAGGUGUUAACUACCACCAUCACAUUCUGCAAUGACACCCUUUCUGUUAGAAUGCAACUACAAUUCAAACCAUUCACUCCUACAAAGCUCCUAUCUGCGCUCGCUUCGCUCUUUAUUGGGAUUGUUGUUUUUAUAUGAUCAUCACCGUGGUCGUGUUGCGAUGGCUGCUUCCGGUGGGAGUAUGGGUGGGAGUGACUUUUCUUCUAGUGAUCAUAGCUAUGGUGAUCACAGCUAUAGCUAUGAUGAUUACAGCUAUGCGUGUAGUGACCCGACCUACUAUUCUUCUGGAAGAUAUAGCCAUCGGACCAGCAGCCGGGCCCCUAUGAAGGCCACAAAUGAAGUUGAGCCAAUUCGUUUACAGGAUGUCAUCACUGUCAUUGCUGUUGUUUUUUUUGUUCUACUCAUAUUUAUAUAUACUCCUGGUCAAGAUCGUGCACAAACAAGUGUUGUGAAGCUUCAGGUUGGAUCAUUGGCUACGGGCAGAUCACUGCAAAGGGAUCUUAAUCGGAUCGCUGAGGUUGUUGAUACAUCCACCAAAAAGGGCUGGCACUUUGUAUUACAAGAGUCAAUACUAUCUCUGCUUCGGCACUCUCAUGAUUGCAUUUCCGGUUAUUCCUCUGUGGAUGUAAAGAGGAGUACAGUAGAAUGUGAGAAACGUUUUAAUCAACUUUCUGUUGAAGAAAGGGGUAAAUUUGAUGAGGAGACUUUGGUCAAUAUCAACAACAACGUCAGAAAGAAAAGUGCAACAACGAGUUCUAAUGGGCUCCCGAAUGAGUAUAUUGUGGUUACGAUUAUCGUGGCUGCUCGUGGUGUACCUGAACUCCCACCUGUCGAAAGCAGUGCACAAUUGAAGGAAGCCUUGCAAAAGCUGGCCUCUAUCCCUUCUAGCAAUAUUAUGGCAGUCCAGGUGUUGUGGACCCCACAAAAGGAAGACGAUUCUCUUACAGAGCAAAAAAUGCUCAAAGAUUAUCCUCUGUUGCGCCCUCUUUAGCUAAGCCAUCCUGAUAACAUCCUCCGCAUCACUAUAGGUGAUGAGCACAUACACAAAACUGCAUCAAGUUUGAUUUUUGUUAGUAUCUUAGGGUUCGUAUUUCUGUCAUGUCAUGACGGUGUUAACUUCCGUUUAUCAUGUUUGGCUUAUCUGGAUUACAGAUUUAUGGUGGUUAUGUUCCAGGUCCUUAGUUGUGUUCAUAUUCCAGAUUGUGAGCUUGGGAUUUGGUUUA